AUCGCUACUGUCCCUGUGUCGCGUCGUCGUCGUCGUCGUCGUCGUCCUCGUCGGUCCUAAUUGUGUCGAAAUCGCGCGAGUGAUACCUAUCGCGUACCAACGACGGCGCGACGAGUCAUCGAGGUUUCGCGGCAGAUAAAAGUCUCCGAGUGAGGUGCGGUGCGGUCCGUGGGCGCGCGCGCGGGGGCGGACGGACGCGUCAACGGCAUGGGAGUUCCACCCGUGGCUGCCGUGCGCUUCGGCCAGCCGACGUCGCAGCAGUACAACAAUCAAUCCUCGUCGAGGUCCGCUGCCGCCAACAGCCAUGGUGCCGCCGGUGGCGGCUGCUCGGCCUCGUCCAGGCGCAGCAGCGGCAACGGCAAGCUCGGAUUGUGCGACAAGAUCGAGAAUUACGUCGCCGAAUUGGGCCACUGGGCGGUAUGGAGGGCAAUAAUAAUAGGCCAGUUCUUGUCGCUGGUGCUCUGCUUCAUGACUCUGCUCAACCACCAGAUCAAUACGGCCUAUCAAAUCAACCUACCAACCGCUCAAAAUCUUCCUCACUACGUUAUGAUGCUGCUGGUCUACACGACCUGGAUGUCUUGUCGUGGCGCCGGCAACGGCCUGUUCUCCGUUCUGCGCGCUCGCGGCUGGCGAUACCUCCUCUUGGCGCUGAUCGACGUCGAAGCCAACACGCUCAUCGCGGCGUCCCAUCAGUUCACCAGUCUCGCCAGUGUCCAGCUGCUGGACUGCGUGGCGAUACCCGUGGCACUGGCUCUGUCCUGUCUGGUCCUCGGGGUGCGCUACCGCAUGGUCCACAUCGUCGGCGUGUCGAUCUGCCUCAUGGGCGUGGGCUGCCUCGUCUGGGCCGGCAUCGAGGAGAGCAAAGACCCCGGGACGGCGCCGGCCGGCAAGAAUCAGCUGGUCGGCGACAUGCUCUGUCUCGGUGGCGCGGUGCUCUUCUCCAUCAUCACGGUGCUGCAGGAGCUCACCGUCAAGUCCGUCGACAUAAUCGAGUAUCUGGGCAUGAUGGGCUUCUUCGGCACGAUAAUCUGCGGAUCGCAAGUUGCCGUACUGGAACGCGUGCAGCUCGAGGCGUUCCAGUACGAGAACGUCCUGCUGAUCUCGUUCCUCGUCAUCUACUGCAUCACUCAGUUCGUCUUUUACUCGCUCAUACCGGUGGUACUGUACGAAACCGGUGCCACGUCGCUCCAGCUCACCCUGCUCACGGCCGACUUCUUCAACAUUCUCCUCGGCAUGCUCAUACAUCAGUAUAAGUUCCACGUGCUCUACUUCCUGUCGUACGUCCUCGUCAUGACCGGCAUCUACACCUACGCUAUCAAGCGCACCCCCAUGUCGACGAGCACGAGAAGGCCGCCCCACUCCGAGCCCACGGCUCCGGAUUACAGUGACAUUAUUUUAAGACACAUGGCGUAUCCGGGCAUCGGCGAGGUCGAGCUCUGCAACUCGGGCACCCUGGACAACGUGCACGGCGGCCUCGUCGGGCGCAGCUCCACCCUGGGCAGCGAGCGCGAGUCCCUGCCGCUGAGCGUCAGCUCGGACACGGCCUUCACCUCGUUCUACGGCAGCCAGGGCAAUCUCAAGCCGUCGCGCUCGACGGCGCGCAUCCCCUCCGCGACGAAUCUCCACGACGGCAGCAUGCGCAGCUCCUGAUCGGGCGAGCCCCUGCCGCAUAGGUAGAGAAUGUCCGACCGGGACAGGUACUACGUCUAAGAAGAGGACUGCCACGACGGGCCGCAUCGAGAAAAUGUCGACGAGACUUUGAGCUAAUAAAUUAGCCGUAUACCGAUGAGGGGUGGUUGAUGCUACGUUGCGUAUGGAUUAUUAUAUGUGUAAUACUCGCUGUAUCGUAUUGGAAAAGUGGCUGCGAAGUUCUUUCAUUUUCUUUUGAUUCUUCUUUCAUGAUAUUGUUGAUUGAUUGUUGUUCUUUCAAACGAGUAUAGAAAAAUAUAUCAAAAUGUUGACUAUGUUUGUGCAAUGUUUAAUAUUGGUUCAAGAUCAAGUAGAGCACACGAGUACUUUUCUUUUCAUCGAACGUUAAGUUGGGUUAUUACAACCCUCGACAAGGAUAUUGUUAACAAAAAACAAAUAUGCUAUAAGGGGAACAAUAAAUGGCCUAUUAAUGGCCUAAUAUAGAGAAGAAAAAAAAGUUCAUAACGUUUUUCUCGUACAACGCCUCGUAUUAAUUACAUGCGGGCGCUAGAUAGAUUUCGUAUGAUUUUUCAAGCGCACACGCCUCUGAAGCUUUUUACUUUGCGAGCCGAGAGGAUAUAAAAUUUAUACGUGUAAGCUAGAGAAUAGCCAAAAUGUUUUUUCAGUGGAAAAUUUGUAGAUGACUAAUACGAAUAUUUAACUGGAACGAUGUUUCAAGGAAUUAAUUGAGACUUCUGAACAUUUUCUAGCCACUAACACUAUACAAUAAUUCUAGCGAACUUUUCUAUUGUCUUUUUUUUUUUGGAAAAAUUUUUGUUUUGAAAUAGAAUAAACAAACUCUAAUGAACUUUUUACAAUAAAAAUAUAUCUUUCAAGGGCCAAGAACUUUUCCACUUUUUUAUCAGGCAUCCAAAAUAAAAUAUCAAUGAAGAAAAUUUUCUUGUGCCAAAUGAUGAAAUCUAUGAAAAAAAAAAAAAAAAUUAGCCAUAGGAAUGAAAAUCGUAGGUGCUUGUACGCUUUAGGAGAUGAAAUAUUCCCACUACUCUUCAACAACAGUGAUCGAACAAGAAUAAACAACAUUUUCGUCUUUUUAUACAUAAAAAAAUAGAUGUCAAAAACCUAAACGGUCUAAAUUUUUUCUAUCAUACGCAAUGAAUAUUAUA